UGCUCGAUAUUUAUAAUUUUUAAUUUACCGCUUGUACGAAAGCCAAUCAAUAGAAAAUAAAACGGUUCUGGUGGAGAGCGUACUAUUGCUGAACGCAACUCUCGCGUUAUUGUUUGGAUUGCCAUUCGAUUUAUUUAUUCUCUGACAUUCGAUAUGGCGAACAAUAUGGCCCAUCAAUCGUUAAAACAUCUCUGAGCAUACCCUCUGCCAAAGGAUUCAGAUCUCUCUCGGUGAUACGAUGAUUUGCUUCGACGUAAUUCUAUCAUCUUGUUUUACCGCUAUUAGUAUGCGUACCUGAUACUUCAUGAUAUCCCGUGUAGGUGAAGCGGAUGCGAUUAGACAAUCUUAAGAGAUGUGGUUAAAUCCAUGCAUCUUGUAGCCGGCAAGCGGCGAAGAUAGUAGACGCAUACUAUAUCCAAUGGAGUGGACCUGUAUACUUGUGUUUUUUGGCUUGAAGUAGAUUUUACCGUAUCUAUCCACGUUGCGAAUUUCGUUCCGAGUCUAGUUAAGUGUGCAAUCUCUACAGCGUGAUCAUAUCAUGGCCUCGUCAAACAGGAGAAUUCAAAUCGGCUCUGCUUGGUUUCAAACAAAGAUUAACCUAAGACCGCAGCGUCGUGGUAUCCAUCACGUUACCGAGGAGAUCCUAAGAAGAAUUCCCGAGCUCUGUGAAUUUUCAGUCGGACUUUGUCAUAUACAAAUUCUUCACACGUCAGCAAGUUUAGCGCUAAAUGAAAAUUGGGAUCCAGAUGUUAGAGACGAUGUAGAAAUGAUGCUUAAUAAAAUAGUUCCUGAAGGUUUGGCCUAUAGACACAGUUGCGAAGGACCAGAUGAUAUGCCAGCACAUGUAAAGGCAUGUUUUCUGGGCUCUUCAUUGAGUAUUCCAAUUACUGAUGGCAAAUUGACUUUGGGUACGUGGCAAGGAAUUUGGUUGUGUGAACACCGUAAUGAUGCUGGAAGUCGCAAAGUAGCUAUUACAUUGACUGGUUGUCUCAGGGAUCCUGCACGUAGUCCUUUGAGCCCUGUUAGUCCUAUUGCUUCUACCAGCAGCUAGGACCACUCACACCCCCAAAGGCGUAGCAAACGUCAGCUGCGCAUAUCUACAUCUAGUGAUUCAAGCUAGCAGCUACUUAACUUUAGACAAAUUCUAAGAGUAUAAUUCAGAAAAGAGUGUAUGGAUACUUCAAAAAUAUUUAUAAAUGUUACAUUUUCUUAUAUCUAUUAUUACGAAAAUUUUAAGCACUUUUUAUAAUGACAUAACUUGUAGAGUUAUCAAAUUGAUUGACAAUAUUUAACAUUUAUAUGCUUACGUCUUAUAUGUUUUUUUUACACUUAGAAAUUAUACUUUAAUAUUUUAAAAAUAUACAGUUUUUUUUACAUGUAAACAUUUAAGAAAUAUACAGUUUAUGAUUUUAUUUAGAUUAAACAAAGAUAUUUCUCUUUAAACUGAGUUAACUAUCCAAAAAUGUGGUUCAUUGAAUAUAUAAUGUUGUUCAGUACUUAUAAACUGCCAAGGCAAUUGUAUAAUACAUGCAUUCAGAAAUAAA